AUGAGCAGGCCCGCAAGCUCAGAAGUGCUGCUGGCCAAUGCUGAGGUCGUGGAUAAGUUCUCCAGCUACGAGGAAUACCUCUCCUCGUUUAUCACGCAAGCAGACUUGACAUAUCUGCCCGAUGCGGCGACCGCGCGGCGGGUGGUGGAGCUCGGGUACAUGCACGGCGGCGGCGAGGUGCUGCGGCGGGAGGAGUUUGAGGCCAGCAAGGCGGCCCUUGCUGCACACCGCGAGGCGCUGGCCAACCCGCAGCCCAAGCGCCUGCUCAGCGCGGGCAGGGACCUGUCCCGGCACCCCCUGCUGCAAGCGCUGGCGGAGCGCGAGCUGCCUGUGCGGCGCGGCAUGCUGGCCACAAUUGUGUUCCUGCGGGACAGGAACACGCGGGGGCAGGAGGUGAGCGGGUACAUCGACCUGGGGCAGCGCCUGGCGGGCGACGAGGCGGGCAUGGUGGCGGCGUUUGGGCUGGAGGCGCGCUUGCUGCCGCAGCCCACAGACCUCUCCUGCCUCAACUGGACCUCCAACCGCCUCGACUCGUGCAGCAGCGCCAACUUCGAGGCAAGCCCCUGCCGCGUGGUGUUGAGUGUGCAGGUUGUGGCGGACCCAGAGACGGGGCUGUCGUUCAAGAACCGGCGAGACCGCAAGGUCAUCAUCGUCGACCCCGCCGCCCCUUCCCCUGGAGACUACACCACACGUAUCGAGGUGCAGACGGAGGAGUACGAGCAGGCAGUCAUAUUCGACCACGUCAUUGGCAGGAGGACCUAG